AUGGGCCGGACUGGAGACGGUACGUACUUCGAAGUGCCAGAGACCCACGACAUGGUUAGAUCGCUUUUCGACCCGACUCUACGCAAGAGCUAUUGUGAGGUGUUGAUCUUCUUCUCGCUGCUGUUGAAUUUUGUCGUCUACAAAGUGUUGGGGUCGCAGGAGUGGAGAGUCUAUGGGUUCUGUUCACUGUAUGCAUUCUGGAGAUUGUCCUAUAACUUGGGUAUCGGUGUUCUGCUUUACGUUCAAUCGAACCAAAAUGCACUGGUGAACUUGGCAAAGAGAUAUGGUCUCUUCCAAAAGGAGAAUAAGACUCUUUUACAGAAAAUGGUGGCUCUGGAAAUCAAGUCAAAAAUGGGCAAGUCUUAUGAAGCUUCAAGUUUCCCGAUCGAGUUCAACACUUGGAUCAUCUUUAGACAGUUGGUCGAUCUGAUCUUGAUGCAGGAUUUCACCUCUUACAUGUUCUUGGUGUACACCUGCGGACAGGACAGCAUGCUCUCUCAGUCCCCAUUUUUGAACUAUACAAGAAUCAUCUUGGGAUCCUUGAUGGUGUUGUUCAACUUGUGGGUCAAGAUUGAUGCUCACAGGGUUGUUAAGGAUUAUGCCUGGUACUGGGGUGAUUUCUUCUUCUUGCAGGAGAGUGAACUUAUCUUUGAUGGUGUCUUCAACCUGUCACCACACCCAAUGUAUUCCAUUGGUUACCUGGGAUAUUAUGGGUUUGCCUUGAUUACCAAGUCAUAUCUCGUCUUGAUCGUCUCUUUGAUUGCUCACACGCUUCAGUUUCUCUUCCUGAACUACGUUGAGGAACCUCACAUCGUGAAAACUUAUGGAUCGGAAGACCAUGAACACGUUGUCGAAGCUUUGGAGAAUAACGAACACUAUUUGAAACCACUCACCAUUAUUAACAACUUCAACCCAAUUAGAAUCACUGAUUAUUUGACCGUUAUCUUGGCUGCUGGUACCUCCUUGGCACCAUUUGCAAAAGACUUUACUGAUUCUACUUGGACAAAUGUCAUAUUUGCUGCCGCAUUAGCCAUUAAAGUUGUGCAAGCUGUUGCAACUUCUAUUGUCUUACAAAGACAAAGCAGUGACAAAUGGUGGACAAAGCUGUAUCUCAAAUAUGGUAUGGAUAACAUAACGGCUUAUUCCAACUGGCAAGUGUUGUAUAACGUUCUUCUUGUCCUUUCUUACACUUCAUUGACUGCACUUGUUGUUCGUGAGAUUAUGGAUGGACAAUACCUCACUGGAAAUUGGUUGCUCUUGAGGGUUAUACUGGGAGGUCUCCUCAUUGCACUACAAAUUUGGACUAGUACCUCUAUCUAUUCUUCGAUUGGCGAUUUCGGCUGGUUUUAUGGUGAUUUCUUCCUGCCAAACCUAUCAAGUAAAACAUUGACAAAGUCAGGAAUCUACAGAUACUUGAACGAUCCAGAAAGACUGCUCGGUGUGGCUGGAAUCUGGGGUGCAGUAUUGAUUACUUACUCACCUUAUGUCUUUGUAUUGGCUAUGGUUUGGACCAUUCAUACGUCUCUCCAUUUGGAGUUUGUUGAGAAACCACAUAUGCUCAAGGUUUAUGGAGAGCAGCAAGUUUUGAAGAAUGUCUCUGGUGUGUCAUUGACUUUGCAGCAGUUCCUUCCUGCCAAAUUGAAUAAUACAAUUGGCUCAUUCUAUGCUAAUACAGCUACGCGUAUGCACACAUAUAUUAAGAGACGUACUCAAUCUGAUGUUGCUCAUCAAAAAGAAUUUAGAAAACAUAUCUAUGGGGAAUCAGUCUCUCACUCAGAGGGCUAUACUCUUUCGUUGAUGAAUUUGGAUGAGGACAAAACUGUGGAAAUUGGCCAGCCGAUCCGCGUUAAAUGGACAGCUCCAAAAGGUCAUCAUCCAAAGGACUGGAUUGGCUUGUACCAAGUCAUGAGCACUGGGUCCUCCCGUAAGAUAACAAAGAUUUCGAGCUCAGGAAGAUGGAUUGCUGUGAAUUCACAUGCAUAUCAAAGACCUACUGGAAUUAUUGAAGAAGAACACCCAAGUCAAGGUAACCUGGUUACUGGAGUAGUGGAGUUUAAAGGCGAAUUACUACAGUUUGAUAAGGGUAUCUAUGAAUUAAGAUAUCACUCCAAGGGAUCUCACAAGGUUUUGUCUAUCUCUGAACCAUUUGAAGUGGUUAUUCCAAACUUCCCUAUCAAUGAGCAACUGAGUGCAAAAUUGUUCAACCUCAUUCGUAAAGUUUACCCACUUGAAUCUGUUGACACAGUAUUAGACUUCAAGGUUUUUGACUCUCGUGAGCUCAGUGACCUCGUUUCUUCUGCAACAGGUAUUGAAAUUGCACCUGAAGUUGUCGUCAAGCUCAAGACAUUGGCGAAUAUCUCUACAAGAGUCAUGAAAUCAAAGCAGAUGUUGGAUGAACUAAACAACGAAUAA